AUGCUCUCCUGCCCUUUCUGCUCUCCUGCAAUUCUGCUCUCCUGCACUUCUGCUCUCCUGCCCUUUCUGCUCUCCUGCACUACUGCUCUCCUGCACUUCUGCUCUCCUGCACUUCUGCUCUCCUGCACUUCUGCUCUCCUGCACUUCUGCUCUUCUGCACUUCUGCUCUCCUGCACUUCUGCUCUCCUGCACUUCUGCUCUCCUGCACUUCUGCUCUCCUGCCCUUCCUGCUCUCCUGCACUUCUGCUCUCCUGCCCUUUCUGCUCUCCUGCACUUCUGCUCUCCUGCACUUCUGCUCUCCUGCACUUCUGCUCUCCUGCCCUUUCUGCUCUCCUGCCCUUUCUGCUCUCCUGCACUUCUGCUCUCCUGCCCUUUCUGCUCUCCUGCACUUCUGCUCUCCUGCACUUCUGCUCUCCUGCCCUUUCUGCUCUCCUGCCCUUUCUGCUCUCCUGCACUUCUGCUCUCCUGCACUUCUGCUCUCCUGCCCUUUCUGCUCUCCUGCACUUCUGCUCUCCUGCACUUCUGCUCUCCUGCACUUCUGCUCUCCUGCCCUUUCUGCUCUCCUGCCCUUUCUGCUCUCCUGCCCUUUCUGCUCUCCUGCCCUUUCUGCUCUCCUGCCCUUCUGCUCUCCUGCUCUCCUGCCUGUCUUCUCUUCUGCUCCUUCAUAUCGAACUCCCUGCCUGCAUGCACCCACCUCCUUGCAUUUCUCUCCGUAGCACCCCCCUCCCUAGCACUGCUCUCAUCUGCACCAGUCUUAACUAUACUACAUCCCCUCACUCUUCCAAAGCACCAACGUCUAACUACCUCCUUAUUCGAGUCAACCUAAGGCCCAUGAUUUGUCAGCCUCUUUCUCCUCCCCCUCGCCUCUCACCCCCAUCACUCCCAUUACCCCUGUCGCUGUGGGACCAAGAGCCCUUGAAGGCGCAGCAAGGGCGCUUGCAGGUGGCUUUUGAGGCGCCUCAAACCUCCCCUCGCUCCCAUCACCCUCCCCACGCCCAUCACUCCGCUCGCUACCCAUCACUCCUGCCGCUGUCGAACCAGGAGCCCCUGGAGGCGCAGCAAGAGCGCUCGCAGGUGGGCGGCAACGUCCGGACCCAGGAACCGGCUGGCGAUGGCUUGCAGCUGGGCGGCAAGGAUUGGCCCGACUAA